GUAUAAAAAGCUACCAGUUUUCUAAAAUACAAUUCAUUUCAAAUACAACAAGUGUUGGAGGAAUAUUAAAUUUAAAAUUUAUUUAAUUUUUUUAAACAAAAUGAAAUUAAUUUUGGGAUUAACCGUUUUAUUGGUGGCUGUAUUUGUUAAUCAAAUAUCAGUUUCCAGUGGCACUUCCCAGCCGGUUUGUGGUUAUAAGAAUGCUGAAGAUGAAAUGAUUUUCUUGAAAUAUUUUCCUUAUACCAAGAAAGGUGAAGAAUAUGUAGACUUUGGUAAGGAUGGUAAAUGUUUAAAGAAGGUGACUUGCAGCGAAACUUUUACCAAUCAAAUUGAAGAAUGUAAAACCUUCCCUGUAACUUGUGAGAAUAAGAACAAUUAUAAUGGCGUAUUCCCAGCUUGUUGUGUUAAAUGUUAAACUAAAUGAGAAUUAUAAAGGAAUGUUUUGAAAUUUUUAAAUAAAGAUUUAAAAUUUAA